GACCUGGUGGAAUCCACACCUUGAUCCAUGUGGUGUCUGUUAUCUUUACAAAAGGAGGACCUGGUGAAAAGUGAUGGCAGUGUAUGGAAAGCCAGGGGUGGGAAACCUCUGCACUUCCAACCCAGGUCUUCAUUCCAGCCAUGUCUUUGAUUACCAAAUUUAACCAACUGAACCUUUUAAUUACACAUAUUAAACCUACAGUACAUGGCCCAUCAGGACGGGACUUGCCAAAUCCUGUUUCUGCAGUAUUGUGGAAAACAAGCUCAAGGUAGGUCUUCUUCAUGCAUUUUCUUUGGAUUUCACGUUCCUAGGCCUCACCGGAGAGUGAAAAUGCUGCUGAUGGGAAGCAGUCCCAGCGUGUUGAGGAUCAGAUCAAUGAUGAGCAUCUCCACAGAAUCGAGCGCAUGUUCCGCGAGGCAGAUGUAGACGGGGGUGGAGGUGGGAAUCCUCUCUUUCUCCCCUUUUUGUUUUAUUCCAUAAGGACGGGUAUAGAUUCCCAACUGGAGGGCAGAAAGGUCAGUGAUACACAGUACAGGGGUGUGAAUCGAAACACACACACACUUCCUGAUUAUUCUCCACCACACAAUAAGAUGAAAGGUUUUACAAUCUUGCCCUGGAACCACGUUUAACACUUCCUAGUUUGUUGCCAUUUGCUGUGGUAUGUUAAGGGCUCUGCUGAGUUUUACACUGGUAUAGUAAUGGUAGCCUCGUGGUACUUUUCCUUUUGAAGGACUGCAAAGUAAUUUUGAAGAUACGUUUUUGUGCUCUGUAGGCUUGGAUAUGGAGGAGUUCCGAGAGGCCAUGAAGAAGAUCAUGGGUGAGGUGGAUGACGAGGACCUGGAUAUUAUCUUCAUGAAGGUGGACACCAACUGCGAUGGCUCUGUGGACUGGGACGAGUAUUUGAACUACAUGCUGCUGGAGUACCGUGAGAAGGACUCUUUACAUAGACAGAACCGGCCUCUCUUCUUCCCCAAGCCACUGAAGCUCAUUCCAGUCACAUGGUUCACUGGACACACCCGGCAGGCUGAGAAGAAGGAGGAUAAGACAAGCUUACCCAAGGCCCUGACACAGCUAGGACGCUACAUGUCCAUCAGCCGGGACGGGUUCCUCAACUACUGGAGCGAGAGGUUCAAGCUAAUCCGCACUGUCCACGUGAAACGAAAGCAAGCCCAGCAGAUCUGGGUGACGGACAUGGUCUGUAUGCCCAAUAUGAACAUGUUGGCAGUCUCCUCGACAGAUAGGGAUAUAGGUGAGAAGACGGAUGGUAAAAAGGGAGUAUUUAGUAUUGGAGAUGCAAGGGGGAACAUAGUGGUCCUGACUUCCUUGGAUGUAGUUCGCUACGGCCUGUUCAGCAUGCCUGGCUUCUCCACCACGUCAGGUGGAUCUUGCAGGAUUCCAAUACAAUCUGUGUUCAAAAACACAUCCAGCAUUUACUGUUGUUACAAAGUGAAUUCUCUCCUCAAUGACUGGUGUCGUAGGAUCCAGUUCAUCCCGGAGCUCAAUGCUGUCAUCACGUGCUCCGCCUGUGAUCAGACUGCCAUGGUCCUGACCACCCUGCCUCACGCCAACAAAAGCAGAAUCCAAAACUCCACAUUUUUUUUAAAAAAGGGGAUCCUCUGCUUCGAUUAUACACCUGAAUGGAAUCUCAUUGUGACAGGUGGGUUCGACAGAAUUGUGAGGAUGUGGAACCCCUAUGUGACCAACACUGCCACCUCCCAAAUGAAAGGGCACAACUCUGCAAUCACUCACAUUGUGGUCAAUGGAAAAGCCAACAAGAUCAUCAGCAUCUCAAAAGAUAAAAACCUGCGUGUGUGGGAUCUGGAUGAUUGCACCUGUUUCCAGAACAUCCACUCCAGAAACAUGAAUCUUGGGAGGUUCCCCAUCUCCGACAUCCACUACAACAAGGAGACCAAUACACUGUCCCUCGCUACCUUCCUGAUUGGGGUUCUACAAGGCGCUAUAGAAGAUGCAGAAGCAAGUUUUAAGGGACUCACAUCUCACGAGCAGCCGCUGUGUGCUGCUCUCUAUAACAGCAACUUCAAAGAGGUGGUGAGCAGCUGUCACAACGGACUGGUGAGUGUCUGGGACAUCCUGACUGGGGAGAAGGUCAUGCAGUUCCUCACCUCCAGUGAGAAGGGGGUGGAGGUGACGGCCAUGACUUUUGACGGGCCCAAAAGACGACUCAUCACCGGAAGCAUGGACGGCACCAUCAAACUGUGGAACUUUAACAACGGAGCCUGUCUCUGGGAGCUGCCCAAGUUCAACAACACAGAGGUAACUGGAAUUCUGUACCUUAACCAGAGAAUUGAUGUUUCUGGCUGGAGCAAGUAUGUCAUGUGGUACCUAGAUGCGAAGGAAGAUGAUGAGCUGGAGUACAGGCAGUGGAAACGCUACCACUCUGAGGAUAUCUUCUCUAUGGACAUGCACAGCAACAAGCUGCUAGUGACGGCCUCCUACAGCGGGGAUAUCAUUGUGUGGAACAUCGACUCUGGACAGGCUUUCUGCAGGUUCAACCCCUACCAGAGCCCCCAGCCACUCCUGCCUGUCCGGGUAGGCAAGGGGGUCAGGACUCACUCUGACAUGUGCAAUAGCAUGAGUGAAGAAGUUAAGCCCAAGCAGGACAAGUCCCCAGAUCAUGCAGAGGAUGUUAAUGAGCCCUGGGCCAACCUCAGGAAAUCAAAUUUGACAGACGGAUCCUCAUCCAGCACCCUCUCCAGCCAGCACAGUGCCCUCGCAUUGGCACCCCUAGUCAUGAAGAGUUCCAGCCUCGCUAACUCCAAGCAGGAUAUUUGGAGUGUUUUGAAUGAAAAUAGUUUAGGUGUGGACGGCAAGGUGGAGGAAGAAACGAGCGCCAAAAGAGAACCGAAAAAAGCCUGUCUGGGGAGGAAGAAGAAGAGGGAAGAGGAGAGAAUUGAAGAGAAGCUGGAGAAACCCAGACUGGCUGUGGAGAAGGUUUUCUUCCUUCGCACGCGGGAACGCAGUCCUGACACCGCGAUCCUGCUCUCCAGCGCUGCCGACGGCUACAUCUAUGCUUGGUCUAUCAGCCACCAGGGGGGGCUACUGGGCAAAUUCUGCGCAGUGAACACAGAAGAGACGUCUGUCAGCACCAUGGCCACCGACGAGAAGAGUCAGAUCCUGUUGACUGGGGAUACCAACGGGUACAUCAGGAUUUGGGAAAUUGAAAAUUACUGUUAUCGUACAAAAGAAGAAAAGAGGCCUGCGUCAAGCGAUGGAGUGAACAAGGGCCUAAGACUGCCAGACCUCAUCCCAGAGUACUGCAGAAUGCAGGGGCCGAAGAGCGAUGAUAUUGAGGCAGAAAAAGAGGUACAGGAUGGAUGGACCACCUCUCCAGUCCCACCCACACUGCUGAGCUCCUGGAGGUGUCAUUUGCAGCGUAUAGUCCACGUCGAGUAUGUGGACAGGUUUCAGUUGAUCGUCACGGCUAGUUUAGACUGCAAUGUCCGUCUUUGGAGCAUUGCAGGCAAAUACAUAGGUACAUUUGGCCAGGCUCUAUGGCAGGUGCGGGUCCAGCCAGGCCUUCUCACCCAGCUGCCUGCUGAUUUAAAGACAGUCGCCUCCUGCCAAACCCUGAAGGUGCUGAAUGAGGGCACUCGCCCCCACUGGGCGUAAGUGAACCCUGCAGAUAAUACAGCUUCAACUCCUGCACCCAUUGAGGCACAGGCAGCUAACAUUGUGUGCUGGACUCACUAAGCAUUUACUUAUGUGUGCAAAAAGUCUAAUGUUAUAUUUCUAAACCAAUAUGUUAAUAUAGGACUUUCUACAUUCAUCUUUCUUUUAAUAUACUAACUCAGCUGAUAAUGUUUUGCUGAAGAUGUGCCAAGAAGAUCCUGGAGACGCUGAGCCAUCAGAAGCAGCAGCACUCCCAGACCAUCCAUUUUAUGAAGGGCUCAAUGCCCCAGGAUGCCAGUUCCAAGCUGCAGGAGAUUUUGCAGAACAACCCCGUCAUUGCCAACUACACCAACAAUAAGAUCAACAUCACCUGGAAAAAGUGGGAAGUGAAGGG